AUGUCAUUUCUCGCUCGUGGCCUCUCGAAUCUCAUCGGAAUUGUCGCGCCGGUCAUUCACUCGUUCAAAGUGCUCAAAAAACCGACGAAACCGAAAUUGAUCCAAUGUCUCCAUUUCUGGACCAUCUACGGCUCGUUCCUCAUAACCGAUUGGUUCCUAACCACAUUCUUCAUCUCAUGCUUCAUUCCAUUCUACGAUUUCUUCUGCCUCUCCUUCGUCGUCCUCCUCUCCGCACCUCAUCUCGGAUUCGCUUCCAUGCUCUACACAAAGUUCUUGGCUCCAUUCCUCAGAAAGUACGAGCGACGAAUCGACAAUGUCACAUCGACAGUGAUGAACAAGGUGUGGGAGAAGCUUCCAGCAGUGGCGAUGACUGCACCAGCGUUGUUGGCUUCCGUAGCCAAUGCAUUGAACAGCUCGGCGACUGCAGCUGAGCGUAUGGAAAUUGAGGAAAUCGAUUCGUCUAUCGAAGUUAUUCGACACCGUCGCCCGGCGUCCAGAUCCGUCUCCCGCUCCCGAAACCCACGUCUUCUCCAGCCAGUCCAGAUCGCUCCAGCGCUCGAUCAGGAUUUUGAGAUGCAAGAAGAAGAGUUAUCGGACAGCGAUGAAAACGAUGAGAACGAUGGAGGAGACGUCUUCUACAAUCUGAGGGACCGAGAAGUGAAGCAAGAGGUUCUCGACGAAGACAUUGUGCCGCAUAUUGUGCCACCAAGAGCCGCUGCAUCAGGACUUCGAUCUCGCCCACAAACAAGAAGUCGUUCGAUGCGAUACUAA